AUGGCCAACGCAAUGCUGCUCCCCGUGCUCAUCUCCUUCCUCGUCCUGCCCUUCUCCGCCCUGGCCCUGACCCAGGACUUCUGCGUCGCCGACCUGUCCUGCACCCACCCGGCCGCCUCUGAGCUCCUCUUCGUCACCGAGGGCACCAUCCUGGCGGGCUUCAUCAGCUCCUCCUCCAACACCGUGUACACCAAGACGCUCUACAAGGGCGACAUCAUGGUGUUCCCCCAGGGCCUGCUCCACUACCAGUACAACGACGGCGGCUCGGCAGCGGUGGCGCUCGUUGCGUUCAGCGGCCCCAACCCCGGCCUGCAGAUCACUGACUACGCGCUCUUCGCCAACAACCUGCCGUCCGCCGUCGUUGAGAAGGUCACCUUCUUGGACGACGCGCAGGUGAAGAAGCUCAAGUCCGUGCUCGGCGGCAGCGGCUAA